GUGGUAUAAAAUCUGGUAUCCGGUGCUCCGAAUCUUCAGUCAGUCAUUUGUGUUCCAAAGCGUACACACCGUAUUCUUCUUUCUUCUCCGUUAGUAACAAAUAAAACAAAUCCGACAUCAUGUGUGACGAUGAGGUUGCUGCUUUGGUCGUUGAUAAUGGCUCCGGCAUGUGCAAGGCUGGUUUCGCCGGUGAUGAUGCUCCCCGUGCCGUCUUCCCCUCAAUUGUAGGUCGUCCCCGCCAUCAAGGUGUUAUGGUUGGUAUGGGCCAAAAGGACUCCUAUGUCGGUGAUGAAGCCCAAUCCAAGAGAGGUAUCUUGACCCUCAAGUACCCCAUUGAACACGGUAUCAUCACCAACUGGGAUGAUAUGGAAAAGAUCUGGCAUCACACCUUCUACAAUGAAUUGCGUGUUGCCCCCGAAGAACACCCCGUCUUGUUGACUGAAGCCCCCUUGAACCCCAAGGCUAACCGUGAGAAGAUGACCCAAAUCAUGUUCGAAACCUUCAACUCCCCCGCUAUGUAUGUUGCCAUCCAAGCCGUACUCUCCUUGUACGCUUCCGGCCGUACCACCGGUAUUGUUUUGGACUCUGGUGAUGGUGUCUCCCACACCGUCCCCAUCUAUGAAGGUUAUGCCUUGCCCCAUGCCAUCCUCCGUUUGGAUUUGGCUGGUCGCGAUUUGACCGACUACUUGAUGAAGAUCUUGACUGAACGUGGCUACUCUUUCACCACCACCGCUGAACGUGAAAUCGUUCGUGACAUCAAGGAAAAGUUGUGCUAUGUCGCUUUGGACUUCGAACAAGAAAUGGCUACCGCUGCUGCCUCCACCUCCUUGGAGAAAUCCUAUGAACUUCCCGACGGUCAAGUCAUCACCAUCGGUAAUGAACGUUUCCGUUGCCCAGAAUCCCUCUUCCAACCUUCCUUCUUGGGUAUGGAAUCUUGCGGUAUCCACGAAACCGUCUACAACUCCAUCAUGAAGUGUGACGUCGAUAUCCGUAAGGACUUGUACGCCAACAUCGUCAUGUCUGGUGGCACCACCAUGUACCCCGGUAUUGCCGAUCGUAUGCAAAAGGAAAUCACCGCCUUGGCCCCAUCCACCAUCAAGAUCAAGAUCAUCGCUCCCCCAGAACGCAAAUACUCCGUCUGGAUCGGUGGUUCCAUCUUGGCUUCCCUCUCCACCUUCCAACAGAUGUGGAUCUCCAAGGAAGAAUACGACGAAUCCGGCCCCGGCAUUGUCCACCGCAAGUGCUUCUAAAUUGUUGGUUUCCAACAUCCCACAACCACCCCCCACCACCACCAACAACAACAACUACACUUACCAACAACACUUGCUACGUUUGCACUCGGUUGUCUGUUGUCUGUGUGUUUGUAUGGCUAUUAUCAGUCAUGCUUGCGCUCGGGCGACAUUCAAUUGUUGUUGCUUCCUGGGCAUAGUGUGACCAACAUCCACACACACACACACACA